AGCACCAGGGCGCACAUCUUCCAGAUAGAUCCGGCCACCAAGAGAAAUUGGAUCCCAGCUAGCAAGCAUGCCCUGACAGUCUCUUAUUUUUAUGACGCCACCCGUAACGUCUACCGGAUCAUCAGUGUGGGAGGCACCAAGGCCAUCAUCAACAGCACCAUCACCCCCAACAUGACCUUCACGAAAACCUCGCAGAAGUUUGGCCAGUGGGCAGAUAGCAGGGCAAACACCGUGUAUGGCCUGGGCUUUGCCUCUGAACAACAUCUGUCCCAG